AUCCGUUCUUUGCUUCCGCAGCCGAAGCAGAUCCACGAGAUCAAGGACUUCCUGCUGACGGCGCGCCGGAAGGACGCGCGGUCGGUGCGGAUCAAGAGGACCAAGGACGCCGUCAAGUUCAAGGUGCGCUGCUCCAGGUACCUGUACACCCUCUGCGUCUUCGACGCCGACAAGGCCAACAAGCUCAAGCAGUCCCUCCCACCAGGUUCGUGCUACCCCCACCUCCUCCGCCUUGAUGCUUGGUUGCUUACAGAAUGUCCCCGCCCAAUUGGAUGA